AAAGAAACAGUUUGUUCCGUUAUUCAUAAUGUUAAAGCAGAGGGCGGAGUAUUCCAUUGGGCACAAAUGAGUUAAGAUUCACUUCUAUUUGCGAAAUGUUGGCCCACAUAACACUUUUACUGAUGGAACGAGUUUAGUGCAGACAAUAGGACAAUAGAGUAAUGAGACGCCCAGCAUCUUACAACAAUCGUUUUGGUUUUUAUCCAAGUUGACAAGGUUAUUCGGGGACGUAGUUUUCUUUGGCUAAAUAAACAGGCUUAACUGGUUGCUCAUAUUUUUUGCUUCUAAUUUUGCUUGCGCGGGUAACUUUUAGUCUGCGUGCAGCCGAACUAACUUGGGUCCGUACUCUGGUUUCCAAGCGUGGAAUAAAACUUAUCAUUUGUACCGGAAAUACAAGCAUACUGAAACAUCUCUUGUAUUUAGAAAUGAAUGACAGAGGCGUGGUAAAUUGUCACUUGAAGCUAUUGAAACUUUACCCUGACUUUAUUUUCAAAGCCAACAUACCGUAAAACUAAUGCGCCAAUCAAAACUCGACCUGAUUGCGCUUUGCAUAAUUUGACUUACGAAUUUGCUUGUCUUCAAAACUCAUACGAAAACUCAAGUGCAGUGUAAUCCAAUCCAAUCCGCUAAACAAAAACAAACGAGAUCCCAAAACAGCAAGAGGGAAAGAAGAGUUCAAGUUUAUCAACUGCUUGUUUACUUGACAUCUAUGUGUGGACUUCACAUUCGUAUUUGGCACCUAUAAUUGCAUGAUUAAGUCCAUUGAAAACAUGACGACUUUAGUGUGUUGUUAGGAAGGACUACUGUACGUUAUCAAUGCGGACACCAGGACAUCCCUUGAGCCACAUAUGUGCAUCUCUUUCAGACUUUUUUUCCAUUUAACUGGUGCGUCCAAGAUGAGUAGAAAAAUCACAAGGAUUUAAGAUUGUCUAAAAUGGUGAUGCCACGAAGCACGGUUCUGUUGCUCGGGUUGGUAUGGAUCGCUAUAAUCGUGCCAUCGGUUCAACCAGAAUUCUCAGCGCCGAAGUUCACUAACAGGGUAAAGACUAGAUAUGAAGUCCCGAGCAAAAGAACUAUACGAUUACGUUGUUUGGUCAGCGGUAAUCCCACUCCGAGCACAUCGUGGACAAAGGACGGCACUCCGAUCGUGAAAAACUCUCGGAUUAAAAUCGCUAAUAAUCGAUAUCUUAAAAUCAAGAGCUUGGUUGCUUCGGAUUCUGGUCACUAUGUUUGUAUUGCUCGUAACGCUUAUGGUAUGGUCAAUGCUACAAUAGAACUAGUCGUUAAAGCAAUUCCAACAUUCUCAAAGAUAACAGACAGUGACGUCUUAAGCGAGCCAGUGUUUCAUCCCAUCAAGCUUCAUUGCCAAGCAACGGGUUCUGCACCUUUAAAAUAUAAAUGGAUUAAAAACAGCAAAGAAAUCUCAAGAACGAACACUCGAAUCAAUGCGACACAGGGGGUUUUAACCAUAAGCAAUCUAACAUAUUCAGACGGUGGACGGUAUACGUGCAUGGUAUCAAACAAAUAUGGAGUAAUUAACCAUACAUACGACCUUCAUGUUAUUGAUCCAAAUCGUCCACGAUUUUCUGACUGGUCAAAAAUGUCUAACGUACCAACUCGAUGGCAAGUUUUACAAACAAUGAAACUAUCCUGCCAGGCACUGGGUGAAGGACCUUUGGAAUAUCAAUGGCUUAAGAAUGGGAAAACAAUACAAGGACACCCACAUAUUAACAUUUCAUCAGGGUACUUCGAACUAAAAGGGCUUGCUCUUGCUGAUGGUGGAAGCUACACGUGUAGAGUAUCGAAUCAAUAUGGAUCUAUCAACCAUACAUAUACGAUUAGUGUUUUUGACCACAGGGCUCCCAUCUUUCGAGACUGGGAAAAAAUGAAGCUAUCUUUCAUAGCAUGGCCAGCGUCCCAUUCUAAAAAACUGAGCUGCUUAGCAGACGGAGCACAACCUAUCAAGUAUCACUGGCUGAAGGAUGGGAAAGAGAUUCAAAAACGAAGACUGGAUCCUUAUAUGAGCACAACGCUGUCAUAUUUGAAGUUGAAGGAAAUGGUGCCGCGAGAUAAUGGGAAAUAUACCUGUGUGGUUUCCAACGCUUAUGGAACCAUAAACCAUACAUAUACUCUACAUGUGGUUGCCAAAGCAAGAUCAAAACCUAUACUCCAGAGGAACCUUCCAAAGAACACAAGUGUGGCUUUAGGAGAUAACGCAACCAUGACAUGUAUAGUUGUCGUAAGUGGCACCUUGCCUGAUUUUAGGUGGCUCAAAUGGAAACAGGUUCCAAAAACCUACCCAUUACUCGAUAUUGAGUCACAAAAUAAAUCCAAACAAUUUAUCGACCCGAAGUACUACGAAACGAUCAGAUCCGGUGAACGCUACGGUGUCAAGAUGACAAUUGUUAAUGUGACGGAAAAGGAUUUAGGGCUUUAUACGUGUUGGGUCAGAAAUCACAUCGGCAGUGACUACGUCAGCGCUUUCUUGAGCGAGAAGGUUGAGCCUAUAACUGUCAAGUUCCCUGUUGAUGGGCCUAUCUUGAAAGAAGGCAACAUAACUUAUCCACAACACCGAAUACCCAACGAUUUAAAGUCCUCGGAACCGCUGGACGAAGGUGGACGCAUAGCUCUAGGAGUUCUGGCGGCAGUUUUAGCACUGGGCCUCAUAGGGUGUGGAUUCUAUAUAUAUCUGCAUCGUCGAAAAGUGAGCAGCAAAGGCAACAAAAGAAAUUACCCUAACGAGAUACGUUUACCCGAAGCGGAGCAGUUUCAACAAUCUACAACACUGAUAUCUGAGCCUAAUACACCGACAGACGGGAGCUUCCCUGUCAGAUCGUUUAUGUAUCCUCCUAAUACAAGAACUAGAAUUAACUCGUCAAGUUCUGCGAAUUCUUCGACUCCGUUGAUAAGAUACCGGAAUGGAAGUUAUAGAUCAAGGUUUUCUUCUGGCGUUUCAUCAAGAUUAGACUCCAAUAUUACUGAAGAUUUUUAUGAACUUCCCCUUGACGAGGAUUGGGAAAUAGACAGAAGUCAGAUUACGAUUAAAGAACAGCUGGGUGAAGGGGCGUUUGGUCUAGUGAUGAAAGGCGAGGCUGUUGGUAUACCAGAUCAACCAAGUGUGCAAACUGUGGCAGUAAAAAUGCUCAAAGCUGAUGCAACAGAAAACGAAUUGGCAGAUUUGCUAUCAGAGAUGGACACCAUGAAGACAAUAGGAAAACAUAAUAAUAUUAUCAACUUGCUGGGUGCCUGCACUCAAUACGGGCCCUUGUUUGUGGUUGUGGAGUUCGCUCCUCACGGUAACCUGAGACAGUUUUUAAGAGAAAGAAGACCGUCUGAAUACCACAGAUCGCGAUCUGACUCUUCGGGCAGUAGUUCACAGCCAUCAUUAACUAUUAGAGAUUUUAUAUCAUUCUGCUUCCAAAUCUCAAGAGGAAUGGAAUUCUUGUCGUCUAAAAAGUGCAUCCACAGAGAUCUGGCAGCAAGAAACAUCUUGGUCGGGGAGGAUUACGUCAUGAAAAUUGCUGACUUCGGACUGGCAAGAAAUGUUAGAGACAUGGAUUACUACAGGAAAGCCACUGAUGGACGUUUACCAAUCAAAUGGCUUGCGAUAGAAGCUUUAUUUGAUAGGGUUUAUACCACACAAAGCGAUGUCUGGGCCUUUGGCAUUCUACUCUGGGAGAUUUUUACUCUUGGUGGUUCUCCGUAUCCUGGAAUCCCUGUUGAGAAACUAUUCGACCUUCUUAAAUCAGGAUAUCGAAUGCCAAUGCCACAAAACUGUCCAGUGGAAAUGUAUGAGAUAAUGCUCAGUUCUUGGCAUGAGAAUGCGAAGGAGAGACCUUCCUUUACAGAGCUGAAACUAGAGUUUGAUAGAAUGUUAUCAUCAAUGUCGAACAAGGAUUAUCUUGAGAUACUGGCCAAAUCCAUCGAUGACAUCGCAAAUGAAAUGGAGACAACAAUAACGGACGAUUCUAGUUUCGGCAGCAACCAAGAAACUGAGAGUGAAACCUUUGCAGAGUCAGUGUGCUAACAGUCUUUGAUUAUCAGAAUCAUUACCAUGGUUAUAGGUGGCGUCACCAUGGUGAUCAUAACGUCCUUGGUAACAUCAUGAUGGUAACCACAACAUUACCUUGGUAACCUGGACAUCACUUUCGGCAGCAACCAAGAAACUGAGAAUGAAACCUUUGCAGAGUCAGUGUGCUAACAGUCUUUGAUUAUCAAAAUCAUUACCAUGGUUAUAGGUGGCGUCACCAUGGUGAUCAUAACGUCCUUGGUAACAUUAUGAUAGUAACCACAACAUUACCUUGGUAACCUGGAUAUCACCUUGGCAACUUGUAAUUCUUCGUUACAACAUCAAUUCAACAUCACUAUGGUAAUCCAACAUCACUAUGAUAAUCAAGCAAUGCCAUGGUAAUACAUCACUAUGGCAACCGAAGUGAUCUCUAAUGAUGUUCGUAAAUCGAUUCCCCCGUUUUUGGUGGCACAAACAGUCGUUGUCAUCCAUUAUAUGGUAAUACCGAAAAGGAAAAAGAAACAAAGUGAGAGAAAGAAAAUGCCACACUUGUCUGUGCACUGACAAAGCUUUUUGUCAAGCAAACGGAACAUUCAAGGGAUAAAUCGUCAGAAAUUCCUUGGUUGAGAAGCAGUACAAGAAUUUGCAAGACAAGGCAUUUUACAAGAAUCAUUUCCCAACGUUAAAAAAGAAGAAAAACUCUUACAAAAACUACGAAUUGUACAAAAAUAUACACAUAUAUACCAACUGAGUGCGAAUAGUUUCCUCAGACUUAUAGAGCUGUUAAGUUGUGACGUAUUUCCGGGUCCAACUUUUUACAAAAAACUAAGAUUAAACAACAAAAUUUUCUCAAUGAUUUAACCUCCACUUGAAGCAAUUAGAAUUAUUGAUGGUUUUCACGGCGGCCAUGUUGGAGGAACUUAACAAAAGAAUUGUCAAUGAACUCUUUUGUUAUAUCCUCCAACAUGGCCGCCGUGUCUUUUGUUAUUUAAUUCUCUUGGGAAUGAUUGAAAACCAUCAAUUUGGACGUCAAAUCCUGUCAUGAAGGAAAAAAGUAAGAACAAUCUUGAUAGAGCUACUUUUCGUUUUGGACCCGGAAGUCGUCUUCCUAUAGCUUUAUAUGUGCAUAUUGCAUUACGCAUGAAGAAAGGAAUGAUCGCAUUCUAGAAAAUGAAACCCCGAAUGAAGAUUGCAGAUAAUUUUUAAGGGGGUAGGGGAAGGGAGGGUAAAAUCGAAACAAACAUUUCAUCAAAAAUCAAAUAUACUUGCAGAAUGAUACUGAUUUACAGCAUAGAUCAAACUUGAUUUUUAAAACAUUAAUGAGAAAACAUCUCAGCUUUGACACCUGUGUUGAAUCGAUAGUAUUAAGAUCCAGCUGUCUGCAAAAAUUCACAGAGAUCCCUAAGGCAUUUAUGUUACUUUAAUGUAUUUGUCUGCCGGUAACUAUCUAAAAUUGCGCAUUAAAUGAAAGUCAGUACUAUGAUUUGGUGCUGGUCGCAAAAGGAUUCACAUCGGAUUCCACAUCGGAUUUGCAUCGGAUUUGCAUCGGAUUCGCAUUGCUUUAUAAUGGAUUCCCUGGUUGCUGAAGUUGCUAUCCCAGAAAGGAACCUGUCUCAUAAUGGCAGGCUCUUCAUAUGUUUAUUGCACUGAAUUUACAACAAUGCCUUUAAAAAUGGAGUAUGCCUUAAGACUUAAAAUCCUUUCGCAAAGUUGUUGUUCAUUUAACAAAAAAGAACCUAGGACAGUGUCUUCCAAAGGUUUUUUUUAGCUCAGGGCGUUGUCUCUAGAACUUACUACUCUAGGCCAAAUAACCCUAACAUGAUAUGGGCCCCUUGCAUUGAUUUCCAAGAGGAAUUGUUCUGGGGACAAAACAAUAGGCCGUCUUUUCUUGUGCAAAAAAAAAAUCCAUUGGUUUGUCCCUCAGAACAAUUCCUCUCGGGACUCAAGGGGUCUAUAUUUGUAAAAGAAUAUUUUAGGUUCCACUGUAUGUUGUUUAGAAAUAGCGAUCGCAGACCUUUAAAAUUAUGAAUGUAAAUUUACAAAGAAUAACUGUUGUAUAUAAUCUAUGGAAAAAAUCUCUACAGAAAAAAUGAUAGGAAACACUGCCUAAAAUCAUUGCAAUGUUACCACGUAUUUUAGUGAGGAAAUGGUAGCCUUCCUUGGAACGGAAAAUACAUGAAGUUAUAGCGUUUUUUUGUGAAGUAGGAGUUCGGCGACUUUACAAAAUAGACCAUAAUGGACCUGUCCUUCAUGGUCUCUCGCUUUUCAAAAUGGCCGCUACCGUGAGAGGGACCGACCGACUGUCCCGAUUCCACUGUCGUAACUCUAAUUUUAUAGGUGCUUUCUCGAUCUCGACUAAUGUGCAAACGAAGAAAACAAAAUGAAAAAUAAAGAAUUGAACUAAA